CGGGUACAAGAUUUCGUAUACAGUUUAUACUAUAACCUAAACAAAUUUUUUAUAAGCAAGAAUUUUUUAAUCCAAAAUGUUUAAAGAAAUGUACUUUGCUUACCUUGUAUCUAUUUCACACACACACAUAUAUAUAUAUAUAAUUAAUAAAAAUACGAGAACCCUAUUAUUAAACCAUUUAAAAUAUGUAAAUAAUGCAUAAGUUUCAGUUGAAAUCACAAUUGGUGGUUUGUAUAUAUAUUUUCAUGAAAAUAACUGCAAACCAAUCAUUGAAAAUCACGAUAUAAGAUAAAGAUCUCACGGUGUUUAGCAAUUCUCAGGUUAUCAGUGUGAGACAAUUAUUUGAUCGUAUAGUAAAUUCUGAAAGCUGGAAUGAAUGUGUUGUUUAUAUCAGAGCAGUAAAUAAUAUAUAUAACAAUAUAAAUAUAAAUAUUGCAAAAAGUUGCGUAGGAUAUCGACCUAUUCAAAAUACUUGAGUACAAUGAAUGAAUAAAUUAUUAAUAUUAACAUUCAUCAAUGAUCAAAUACAAAAUAAUCCCUCUGGAAAACAUAAAUUGUAUUUCCAUAAAAGGGGAAAACACAUGAAUCCAUUCUUUUUUAAAAGUACUGAAUGGAAGACAAAAUUUCAACAUAGAGAUCGACAAACUGUAGAAAGUGGGUAUCAAGAAAUAGAUUGUCACAUUAAUGGCGAUUAUUCAAUUGGAUGUCGUAAAGAAGGAGAUGAAGUAUAUAUACCAUUUUCAUUUAUUCACAAGUAUUUUGAGAUUUAUGGGAAGUUGGCAACCUAUGAUGGUUUAGAAAGGUUUGAAUGGUUGCACAGUUAUUCAAAAAUUGUUAAUCCUAAGGGAAAAUACGAUCCAAGAGGAGUAUUUAUGACCUUUGAAAAUUAUAAUGUUGAAGUAAGAGAACGUGUUAAAUGCAUCAGUGGAAAUGAUGGUGUACCAAUAUCAACUCAAUGGGAAAGCCAAGGAUAUUAUUAUCCAACGCAAAUUGCUCAGUUUGGAUUAUCUCAUUAUAGCAAAAAUUUAACAGAACCAGAACCACGUAGAAAGAUUAUCGAAGAUUCAGAUAAAACUAAACGGGAAUGGACUAUACCUCAGGGAUCCAUUUUAUCUAGGGUAUUUGAUAAGCAUGCUAAUAGUCAUGUGAUGAAAUUUGCUACACCAGAAACUAGCACUUCUGGAAUUACUCUGAAAUUAGAUCAUGUUUUGGACUUCGUAUUAAAAUGGGAUUUUAAUAUUAAAGAAAAUGGUAGUAUCAUGGUUACAUUACAAUCUAGAGAAAGAAAGGAAAUAUAUUAUCUCCAUUAUAUUACUAGCAAUACAGUACUUCAGACUUACAAUAACCAUGUAUACUAUGGAAUUGGUCAAAUUAGCCAUCAGUGGAGACGAUAUACCAGAGAUUUAGUAAUUGAUCUACAAAAAGGUUUAUACUUAAAUGACAAAAAUAAGAAAAAAUUGUCUCGUUCAAAAUUAAAGAUGAUCAAAAUAACUUUGUAUGGAGCUGGAAUGAUUGAUAAUAUAACAUUGUCCACAAGUGAACAUAUGGAACAAUUUUAUGAUGCGGCAAGGUGGUUUGUAGCUAACCAGAAUAUUAGUUCUGGUGGAUGGUCGAAUCCUGUUAGAAGAAAAGUAGCGCCUGGAAUGGCUACUCUUGAACCUGGAUGGUACUCAAGUAUGGGUCAAGGACAUGCUAUUUCCGUAUUAGCACGAGCAUAUUAUCAUUCCAAUGAAGAAAAAUAUCUACAAGCUGCUAUUAGAGGUUUACAACCUUUUAGAUUAUCCUCUAACAAAGGAGGAGUAGCUGCUGUAUUUUUAGAUAAAUAUGUAUGGUAUGAAGAAUAUCCUACCACACCUUCUUCUUUUGUAUUAAACGGGUUUAUUUAUUCUCUUAUUGGUUUGUACGACUUAAAGAGUAUAGUGACAGGCAAGGAUGCGGAAGAAGCAUCUCGCCUUUUUAGUCAGGGUAUGAUUUCGCUAAAAAAUAUAUUAACCUUGUACGAUACAGGCUCUGGUACUACAUAUGAUUUACGACAUUUUACAUUAAAGACAGCUCCAAAUUUAGCUAGGUGGGAUUAUCAUUCUACUCAUAUCAAUCAGCUUCUCCUCCUGAACUCAAUUGAUAAUGAUUCUAUAUUUACUACUACAGCAGAAAGAUGGAUAGGUUACAUGAAUGGUAAGAGAGCAGCGCACAAUUAAUUUUUUACCUUCAACGUUUGACUGACUUUUGUACUUGUACUUAAUUUUUUAUUCAUUAAUUUUGUAAUCUCAAUCUUCCUUCCCCAUUUUUGUAUCGUGCAUUUUGUAAAUAACUCCAAAUAGUCAUGGAAUAAAGCGGACCAAAAUAUAUUAA